AUGCCCCCGACCCGACCCCACCGAGUCGACCCUCACGCGCGACCCCCCGACCAUCCACCAGGCGCGGACCAGAAGAUCCGGCUCGCCCCCGGCGGCGGCGCCGGGACCCUUACCGUCACCGACAACCGCACCGGCAAGCGCUACGAGGUGCCCGUCACCGAGGACGGCUUCGUCUCCGCCACCGCGUUCAAGGCCAUCAAGGCUGGCGGCGACGGCCUCGGGCUCAAGCUCUACGACCCGGGGUACAUGAACACCGCCCCGUGCAAGAGCAAGAUAUCCUACAUCGACGGCGACAAGGGCAUCCUGAGGUACCGCGGGUACCCCAUCGAGGAGCUCGCCGAGCGCUCAACCUACCUCGAGUCCGCGUUCGCGCUCGUGUACGGCGACCUCCCCGACGCGCGACAGCUCCGCGAGUGGGAGGAGACCGUCAUGCGCCACUCCGCGCUGCCCGUCCCGGUCAUCGCCGCCAUCGAAGCGCUGCCGCACGACGCGCAUCCCAUGGGCGUCAUCCUCGCGGGGUUGAACGCGUUGUCGACGUUUCACCCGGAGCAAAACCCGGCGUUGCAGGGCGGCGGCAUCUAUCGCAGCCACGACGUGCAGGAUAAGCAGAUCGUUCGGAUCAUCGGCAAGAUGACCACGCUCGCGGCGCACGCGUACCACCGCAACACCGGACGAACGCCCGCGCAUCCCAACCAGACGAUGGGCUACGCCGAGAAUUUUCUGUACAUGCUCGACGCGGGACUGGAUCCCAACCACAGGCCCAACCCGAGGCUCGCGAAGGCUUUGGACGUCAUGUUCUUACUCCACGCGGAGCACGAGAUGAACUGCUCCACCGCGGCGGCGAGGCAUCUCGCGUCGUCAGGCGUGGACGUGUACUCCGCGGUGGCGGGCGCGGUGGGCGCCCUCUACGGCCCGCUGCACGGCGGAGCCAACGAGGCGGUGCUGAAGAUGCUCGCGCGCAUAGGGAACAAGGAGGCGAUCCCGGCCUUCUUAAAACGGGUCAAGGACAAGAAGGAGAAGAUGUUCGGGUUCGGGCACAGGGUGUACAAGAACUUUGACCCGAGGGCCAACGUCAUUCGCGAAGUCGCCGAGGAAGUUUUUCGUCUGGUCGGCCGCGACCCGCUCAUCGACGUCGCCGUCGAACUCGAAAAGGCGGCGCGCCAGGACGAGUACUUCGUCAAUCGCAAGCUCUACCCCAACGUCGACUUCUACAGCGGCUUGGUGUACAGGGCGCUGGGGUUCCCGCCCGAGUUUUUCACCGUGCUGUUCGCGGUGCCGAGAGCCGCCGGGUACCUGGCGCACUGGCGCGAGUCCCUCACCGAUCCGGACGCGAAGAUCGCCCGCCCGCAGCAGGUGUACCAGGGCGAGUGGCUCCGUUCGUACCCCGCGCUCGCGGCCAGACCCCCCGCGAGCUCCGAUUCCAUGUGGCACGUGCAGGUGUCCAACGCGAGCCGCCGACGCCUCGCGGGCGGGUCCAGCUCGGGCAAAGAGUUUCGACCGAGCGGCUCGGCGGGCGGCUCGGUGGGCGGCGGGAGAGUUGGACAAUCUCUCGCGCACCCGCCGCGCGACGUCGGCCUCGGACCGGCGUUCUCCUCCGGGGUCGUGCCGGGCGACGCCACGGGCGGGGUGGACAAGCUUUUCCACGCGAGAUGAUAAAGAGACGGAUAAGAGACGGAUACGAGUAGGAACGGAGACGAAAGAGAGAUUCUCUGUUUUUCGCGUGUAUGAUAAUAUUUUACGUUCGCUCGA